UGGAAGCUUUGGUGGCGGGAGCGUCGUUUGGGAUCGGAGCUGUAUCAGUUGGCGAGCUGCAUGCCUUUGGAUGGUUUCCGGUACUUACUAGCGCUUGUUGGGUGAUCGUUUUCAGUGUCUCCUGUAGGAAGCCAUCGCUUGUUUUUGCCGGUGGCAUUGCUCUAUUGCUGGGGCUGCUUUGUGGUGAAGGAGCGUACACCUAUGCUACACUUAAUGUACCUCUCUGUAACGUUGGACUUUACAUGUCUGCUUUGGCGUUCUUUCACUGGUCAGAAUAUUUCACGACGGCACUCUUCAACAAUCACAAGCUUAGCCUCGACUCAUUCUUGCUGAACCACAGCAAAGAGUAUACUCUAGCAGCCAUGUGUAGCUGGCUAGAAUACGGUGUUGAGUACUAUUUCUUCCCAUUCGUAAAGUCGUGGGUGUGGCUUAGUAGAUCAGGAGUUGUGAUGGUGAUAGUAGGAGAGAGUUUACGGAAAGUAGCAAUGUUCACAAGCCGUUCAAAUUUCUCUCACUCGAUAGCGUACAAGAAGACAAAGGACCAUCAAUUAGUUACACAUGGCAUCUACAGCUGGUUUCGGCAUCCUUCAUAUGUGGGAUGGUUUUACUGGAGUAUUGGAACACAACUUUUACUCUCCAAUCCUGUGUGUCUGGUAGGGUACACAGUAGCUUCAUGGAAAUUUUUUAGAGAGCGAAUAGAAGAAGAGGAAAUGACCCUGCUAGCUUUCUUUGGCCGUCAGUAUUUGGAUUACCAGCAACGAGUAGCUACAGGUCUGCCACUAGUAAGAGGCUAUGAGCCAACAUAUAGAGAGAGAUAUUUGCUAUAUAAUCAAUAGCUACUUAAUUAAACU